GUGACGCACGGCCAACAACGCAAUGAUGGCGGAUGCUUGUACAAUGUAGGAUGCUGGUUUCGUAAAAAGGAUCAAUUCUCUUCGCCAAACUUCAUCCUCAUUAACAGCGCAAAUACAUUAUGGCGUCUUUUGUUCGAUAUUCUAUUCGUCCAGUCAGUCGGAUGAUUGAUCGCAGGCUCUUCAUUUCAUCGUGUUCAUUUGUUCGAUGGAAGUCUGUUUUGGCUCAGCAGUCCGAGGUAAGCUUUUAUAGCUUCAAGUUUAUUUGCUCAGUCUACUGUGGCUACAUUGUAGCAUUGUGAAAAUGCUGCUUACUUGUCUGGUUAACAUAAAGUACAACGUAGACUCUUAUGUUUUAUUGUAACAACAAGUAAAGUGAGCUUAUAAAGCUUAAAUAAAGCUUCUUGUUGUUGUUGCAAGUUUUCCCUGUUUCGAACGUCGUGCUGCUGACAUAAUUAUUGGUACCGAAACUUGGUUAUCUUCUGCCCAUAGCUGUACUGAGAUGUUAUUUGCCAGCUUGUACCAAAUAGAAAGAAGAGACAGGCGGCAGACCCACACCGUCGCCACACGAUGGUGUUCUGAUUGCUUAUAAGAAAUAUCUUGAUGUCACCAGGGAGAAUGAUAUGAAAACAGAUUGUGAAAUCUUAAGGUGCAGUGUUCAACUAACUGGCUGCAAUACCAUCUAUCUGGGAGCUUAUCAUAGACUGCAUGAAGAUGAUGAACAAUCCUUUCUAGAGCUUGAAAGGUCACUGACUCUAAUAAAAGAUCACCAUCAUGUAUUACUAGGUGGUGAUUUCAACCUCCCAGGGUUAGUCUGAAUUUCAUCCGAUUACGUUGAGUUAUUUUUACUCCCUCAGUAACGUCUGAAUCAACCAGCCAUUAAUGCCAUCCAGUGACAUCAGUACUCCUUUGCUUUAAUUCAUGUAAAAAGUAAAACACGAUUUUCAAGUGGCAAACCAAGAAAUAUCGUUUGGAAAUGUCUACGUGAUACUCACAGAACAGAUGACAGAAUUGCUUUGCUCUUUUCAAUUGUAAUUCAUGUUUUUUAAAACUUUCCCCAAACUAUCAACUGCAUGCAGUACUCUGAACCCGUUGUAAUUCAAACUCGGUCACAAUCACGCAAUGGAAUAAAUACACACAUGGAAUGCUUAGUUCGAAAACAAAGAAGAAGCUAUUUGGUCCUUAACAACAAAAAAAGAAAACGAGGAAGCAAGAAAGAAAAGCUAACAGAAUCAUUACACUUGACGGUAUAAAAACCAAGAAGGUCGAAUGACAGCAUGACAUUGGUCUCAGAAACUUCGCAUGAACAAAUUAAAAUCACUGCGAAAGCCACAAAGCGGUUCUAAAUGAAAAACCUACCGACUGUCCGCAAUGAUUCUUCAUUCGCAAUUCAAUUUAGCAAUUCAGUUUUGAAGAUAAGGGCAAUUUUGCUGUUUACGAUAAAACAUUAUCAAAAUGUUUGAACUCCACGCAAGCAUGUCACCGAUGCGAUCUGCUGAAUAUUAAGCGACAAUCCUGCAAAAAUUUCUCAUAAUUAUACAUCCUUAUGCGAAUGUUUAGACAAUCAACCAAUCAAAAUCACUACCCGAUUUUCGGGUGGUAGUGACGUCACUGGAUGGCAUUAAUGGCUGGUCGAUUCAGACGUUGCUGAGAGGAGAAAAUGACUUGAAGCAAUUGGAUGAAAUUCAGGCUAUCCCAGGGUGGGACUGGAAAAACCAUCUGGUAAAGAAAUGUAAUUACUCAAGUCUGCAUUACCAAGUUGGUGGCAUUUUGGAUUAUAAAAGUCUAGUCCAAUUAGUUGAAGAACCAACUAGACAACAGAACACCUUAGAUUUGGCUAUUACAAAUCAGCCUAUCAUCAUCAGAAAUGUGUGUAUUUUUCCGGGAGUCUCGGACACCUCAAAAGAUCCCACUUUAUAAGAGAGCUAACUGGGACAGUCUGGCUGAUGAACUAACUAAGGAUAUUGACACCAUAACAACCAAUGCUCAAUUCAAUUCAAUUCAGUUCUUUAUUUCAUAUUAUAUAUGAUAUUAACACAAGUGUAUGUAGGUAGGAAAAUAAAAUAGCUGAUAAAUAAUAAUUAACUAAAAGACAUUAAGUUCAUUCGUGUACAGUGUCCAAAGUAGCAAGAUCAUGUUCAGAUAAUCGGCAGCAGUAAAGAGACUCAGGAAAUAAAAUCUCAGAUAAUAUCAGUGAUAGAACACAGGAAAAAAUAACAGAUUCCCAUUUUUGGAUAUUUUAGGGUAUUUAAAGAAUACCCAUAAAAAUCCCAAAUUUGGCAAAGUGAGACAAGUCUCAACCAGGGAAUUCCCAACCAAGUUCCCAGAUUGGGACUUGUCUCACUCUUCCAAAUUUGGGAUUUUUGUGGGUAUUCUUUAAAUACCCUAAAAUAUCCAAAAAUGGGAAUCUGUUAUUUUUACCUGUCAGAACAUACAAGAAUGGAAGAAUAGGAAGAACUUAACAACAAAUGAACUCUGGGAAAAACUUAAAGCAUCGAUUAGCAAAGGAAUUGAUAGGCAAUACCACACAAAUUCAGCAAGCCAAAAGACAACUUACCUUGGAUUACACCUAAGAUUAAGAAGAAUGGAUGAUUAAAAAACGAGAUAGGCUGUCAAUCAAACGUAAGGGCUUUGCUAGGGCCUUAGGAGUUGUUGAUCCAAGCAAGAUCACAAAGAGGAUUAAGUGGCUUAAGAAAGAUAUUCAAAGAGAAAUGGGGCAAGCUUACUGGAGCUAUGUGGAGUCUAUCAUAACUGCCAUUGGCAAGUAGAGUAAGAAACGGCCAGGAUUAAAAAGGUUUUGGACCUUCAUCAAGCACUGUUGAUCUGACAUUUCGGGGAUCAGCUUGUUAAUUGAUGAAACAGGAAAAAAAGUAUCUGUGGCAGAUCAAGUAGCUAAUAUUCUUAAGGUAUCAGCCACCCUUCAGGACCGUCUGCGCGCGGAUCGCUGUAGCGUUAGUUGUUUUUAUAAAAACCCCUAUAAACCAUAUAUUUUUUAAAAGCUUAAUAAUUCCAGAUUAUGGAUUUGAACUAACAAAAACGAUUUACUUAAAUGUGUUUCGAAAUUGGAACGUUUUGUGUAAAAGUACACUUCUCUAUAAAUCAUGUUCCACUCCCGCCGGAAAUAAACGGAAGAAAACAAUUAACACCGCAUUCGCUUCUCAACACGUUCCACUAAAAAACCGUGUCUCGGAUUUUUGAUAAGUGCGUUUGUGUUUCUUUUAUUAGCAAAUGAAGUUGGGAAAGGCAAUUAGUCAACACUCCCCUUGGAAAAAAAGCUCUAGCUUUAAAAUGAAAAGGAGUAUUAAAAUUCGCAGACACGGUUUUGUAGAAGAGAUAUAUGGCAUCACUCUGGCCAAAUUUUAGCCAAAUUGACUGAAAGGCUGCCGACUUGGAGUUCAAAACGUACGAGUCGAUCGGCAAAAUUUGGGUUCGGAGAUAAAAUAGAAAAUACAUUUUUGGCGGCAUCCUACCUGGAAUGAGAUUAUAACACCUAACUGUUUAUUCUGAUUGAUAUCAGAGAGGGAUCAAUUUUCUCUAACAAUAGGACUUUGACAGGUAACAUGUAACAGGAACAAACUUUCGCGGCAAGCAAGGGAACAGUUUAAUUCUCCGUUGGAAAACUUCCACUCUUUUACACCACGAGAAGCACGGUUUAAUUCUUUCUCGAGCAAAAGUUUUGCCUCUUCUUCGAUCUUUUUCAUAUGAUCCGCCCAGGCGUUUUUGUCGAUCGGCGCCAGGCCAAAAAACUUUGAAGCCGCCGAAUGUCCACCACCGAUUGCUCGAAGGCCAAGAACUGAGGCCCGGUUUAUUUCAAACGCUCUGCUCUUCUCGGAAGAACUAAAAACAGAAUUUGUCUUGUGUGACGGACGGCUUUCAUUCUCGCACUGGAUUCUCCAGGUAGAACCAAGUCCAUGCUUAGUCGCUACAUUUUCCAUGACUUGGACUCUUCCCUGGCAAAAUCGACAAGCUACAGACUCGUCCCAGUUUCUCAAGCAGCUUUUAAACGAUCGAUAGCUCGACCGCUUAUUGUUUUCCACGUUCCAUCAGCAGAUGGGGUCGAUGAGCUUAAUUGGCUUUCUUCAUCUGGCUCUUCAAGCUGGAUUUUGGAGCGGCUUGCACUCUCAGCAACUGCAACAUUUUCGCUUUUCUGAAUAUCCAACUCCUCGAGCCACUUCUCUUGCUGAUAAAAUGAGCCUUUGUCGCUCUCUGCCAAUUUUGCGGCCCAUUCUUUGUCAAACUCACUCUUCGAUUUCCUUUUCGCUCUCGGUUUCGAUGACGAAAUUUUCUCUUUUUUUGGUGGCAAACGCUAAAUAUCCACGGAGAAUACUAAAGGCUAUAAACAGCGCGAAGACAAUUCGCACGUGUUGUGUCGAAGCACGCACUCGGUGAUAUAUGACACGGGUAUGACAGAUCUUGUCAACGAUCAAUUAAGAUAAUUAACGAGAAAAAAUCUUUUACCCCCGAUAUCUUUCGACAGAAAUAAUAUUUUCUUCUAAUUUUUUUUUUAAAAGAAAGCUCUCAAGCAUAUCUAUUUGAAAACGUUGAAACCUCAAAUACGAAAAAAUGGCAAUUUUAAGGGUGGCUGAUACCUUAACACACAAUUCCAGUCUAUAUUUACAAUUGAAAGCCCUGUAUCACAUGACUUGUUGCCAUCUAUCUCUCUCUUUCCAAGCAUGUCUGAUAUUCUUAUAUCAGGAUCCGGAGUCUUGAAACUACUACAUGUACAGAAGGUACAUAAAGCUGCUGGCCCAGAUCAGAUUAGACCAAGGGUAUUGAGGGAACUGUCUUACAUUAUACACGUAGCUCCUGUACUGACUCUGAUUUACAGAAGAUCAUAUGACACAGCCUAGGUACCAGAUGACUGGAAAAAGGCUAUGUGACUUCAGUCUUCAAGAAAGGGAGAAGGUCAGAGGCUGGAAACUAUAGGCCAAUAUAACUGACAUGUAUUGCCUGCAAGAUCAUGGAGUAUAUUCUCGUCAGUAAUAUAAUGAAGCAUGCAUUAUUUUGUUCAAGACCUUGCAUGUUAUAUGCAGGGUGGGGGGCAAAUGGAUGUCUUGUUUAGCGAGAGUUGAGCGGUGAAUCGAAUCAUAAAUGUAUCUUACAUGGUGACAAAGUUGAAAUUGUAAGGUAGAUGCUCGAUUAAAGGUAGAUGCUCUAUUAAAUUAGAAUUUAGCGUGCCUCAAGGUUCCUGUCUUGGUCCGCUAUUGUUCACAUUGUACACGAGUGAGCUUUUUGAGAUAAUUAAAUAUCAUCUGCCCAUGAUUCACUGUUAUGCUGAUGAUUCACAAGUUUACAUCUCAUUUAGUCCAAAUGACAUCUGGAGCUGAACAACUUGCUGUGGUGAGGAAUAUGGAAGACUACAUCAGAGACAUUUGUUUUUGGAUGUUGAAUAAUGAUCUUAAAUUUAAUGAUGACAAGACUGAUUUCCUCAUCAUUGGUUCAUCACAACAGCUGGAAAAGCUAGAUAAUAUCAGUAUACGUGUGGGUGACUCAAAUAUUCAUCCCGUGCCACUCGCGAGAAAUCGUGGUUGUUGGUUUGAUUCUAGGCCCUCCAUGGCAUCAGACAUCACAAAACUCUGUGUCUCUUCAUUUUACUGCAUUUAUAAUAUUCGUCGGAUCAGAAAGUAUCUUUCACGGCAGUCAACUGAGAUACUUGUCCAUGCAUUCAUAACAAGUUGCCUUGACUAUUGCAAUGGUCUUUUAUAUGGACUACCAGACUGCUUGUUGAAUAAACUGUAACAGGUACAGAACGCUUGGCAUGCGCCAGACUGAUUUUUGGAGAACAGAAAUUUUGUCAUGUAAUGCCUCUUAUUUAUGAAUUACACUGAUUACCGAUUAAAUAUAGAAUCGAGUUUAAAAUACUUUUAAUUACUUUUAAGAUUCUUAAGUUUUUAGCGCCUACUUAUUCUCGUCUCUCAGUUCUCUUAGGCUCCCAUCUAAAUAUAAUCUAAGGAAUUCUAGUGAUAACCUUUUCCUUAGUUAUCCGCGUUUUAAAUCUAAAGCUACACUAGGUGAUCGUCCUUUUACCUGUGCUGCACUGAAACCGUGGAACGCAUUACCAUUUGACAUAAGAAGUGCCAGCACAGUUAGUAUUUUUAAAGCCAAGCUAAAAACUCACCUUUUCUGUCAUGCAUUGUUAUCAUAGUUCUUUUUAUUACUGUGAGUUUACUUUUAAUUGUAAUUUUAGCUUUUUAAAUCAUUGUAAGUUUACUCUUAAUUGUAAUUUUAGCUUUUUAGCCUUUUUAUUUCGUUUUUAAUCUUGUCAUGCGCAUUUGAUCAUUUUAUGCAAUUUGUGCAUCAUAAAUGUUUUAUUAUUAUUUUAUUAUUAUGCUUGUGAACCUUAAGUAGUGCAGUAGGUAGGCUUUUAAUCGAAUGUCUGGUGUUUGUUUAUUAUGUAAAAUUAUCUUUUUAAAAAGAUGAAUUAUUAUUUUUUUCUGGCAGGCCUCUUAUUCUGCAGUUGAUGACAGCAUCAAGAAAGCAUUUCAAGAAAUAGUUGGAGAAAAAAAUGUGUCAUCUGCCAUGGUUGUAAGAGAACAACAUGGAAAAGAUGAAUCUCAUCACAAGUGUCAUCCAGCUGAUCUUGUUGUUUGGCCAGAAAACAAGGAACAAGUCAGUGAAGUGGCAAAACUUUGUGAUGAUAAUUGUAUUCCACUGAUUCCAUUUGGAUCUGGGACUGGACUGGAAGGAGGUGUUGUAGCUAAAAAGGUGAAUGCAUUCUUCUUUAAUCACUCGGCACGCAGGUGGAAAACUUACCAUGUUACAAGAUCUUGAAUAACACUGCAAGAUUUUGUAACUUUAAGAUAGCAAUAUUGAAGUUGUUACUGUUAGACUUAACGCAAUCUGAGCAGGGCAAAAAAACUUCCACUCCUCUGCGUGUCAGAGAAGAAUACUCUCUUAUCUUAUAAGAGUGGAUUUCCAAGAGUAAUUGUGAGUGAAAGUAGCCUUUCUUGUUUCCUUUUUUUGUUUCUUACUCUAUAAAGCUUGACCUUUAUCUGGUCAUCUUGAUAUUUCUAAAACUUUGCAUUUUGAGACCCCGUUCUUGCAUCCUGAAACUGGAUUUGCUUGAGUAAAGCAGUAGAGUAGAAAAAUUGUAAAUGUAACCUCUUCGCUGUUAGCAGCCACCUUUAUCAACUUACUGACCAGUAAGUGUUUGAGACAAUAAAGAUCUGGCUGCAGUUGUUCAAAAGCUGCACCGGAUAAAUCGCUAUCCAGAGGAUAAGUAUUAUGAUAACCAAUUGCGCUAAACAGUGGAUAGUAACUUAUCCAGUGCAUAGUGCUGUCCACUUUUUGAACAACUGGGGCCUGGCUGCAGUUGUUCAAAAGCUGGAUAGCACUAUCCACCAGAUAAAUCACCUUCCAAAGGAUAAGUGUUAGGGAAACCAGUAUUGCUUUAUCCAGUGAAUAGUGAUUUAUCCGGUGGAUAGUGUUCUCCACCUUUUUAACAACAGGGGCCUGACAAUACAGUCUGAAAUACAGUGUAGAUGAUUACAGCUGAUUAUGCCCCUACAAUUUAGCUGUCAUUAGGGCUGGGAGCUGGGGAUAUUCCCUAUAUACUAUAUUUGGCAUACUUAAUAGCAUUUUUCGAGUUAAGUUGAACUCGGAGAACCUUAUCUCAACGAUUUCUGGAGAUUUUGAUCUUUUGUAUGCUCAAUACUGUAGUUCUACUCAGUGUAUUAAUGUGGUUUCUAAAGUGAUAGUUGGCAAAAGACUUUAAGGGUGUUUGUUUCAAAAUGUAACUUAGGUUUCUGUUUAAGAUUGUACCAUUUUCUCGCAAUCCUCCAUUAAGCAGUCAACCUUCGUCAAGUGGGAACUAUGCUUGCAGCCAUUACCCUGAGGGUGGCUGAAACCUAUUCAUAAUAUUGUGUCAUGUGUAAUGUACAUGUUUGGUAUUCCAUUUUUUUAGGGUGGUGUCAGUGUAGAUGUUACAAAAAUGAAUGAGAUAGUUGAAUUCAAUCCGGAAGAUUUUGAUGUGACAGUGCAGGCUGGUGUCACUAGAAAUCAACUCAAUAAUUAUGCCAAAGACUCAGGAUUGUGGUUCCCAGUUGGUAUGUGAUCAUUUCAGCUCAAGUUUAGUUUUAGUUUAUUUGUAUUUUCACCAAUUAAAAUACUAAAUUUCCAAGUAGGGCUUUUUAAAAGGGACCUGUACAUGUACAUCUUCUCAAUAUCACAAGAUAAAAUGGAAGAGGGUACAAAACAACAAAUGUACCGAUUAAAUUAGGAGGAUAGCUGUAUAGUAUGACAUAAAAACCUGAGUGUACCAUUAUAUUUAUCAAACUUUUGAAAUUUAGAGAUGUGUUAGUUUGUUCUUCACAUUAAUAUAACUGGUAGUACUUGCCACUGCACAUAGUAGCAGAAACACUAAUCAAGGCUGGUCAGGUGCAGUUGCACAGAGGAAAAUAUAUAUCACUUUUAUAUUAUAUUUAUAUUAAAUACAUUAUGCACAUAAAAUUACUUGUAAUUACAGAUGAUUGAAAGAAAAAAAGCAAAAAAAUUCAAAUUUUAUGUUACAAUUAAACAGGAUUAUGCAGUCAUGUCAAGGCUGUUUAAAUUUUGUGGUAAAAGUGAGUGUGUCAACAUAAUCAUCCUCUGGCAACAAGAUAUCCAAGAGUUGACAAUGAAUUGCCUCCUUAUAUAAUUUUAUAAUUAUUAAUUUUUGAUAAUGAAUCAAUUACAGAUCCAGGUGCGGAUGCCAGUUUAGGUGGAAUGGCAUCGACCAGUGCAUCUGGCACAAAUGCCGUAAGGUAAUUUGAUUUUUUUUCAACUUUGUUCUUAAUAAUUUUGUAACAAUUGUUUUAAGUCUGACACUUGCCUUACCGUUGUGUAUGCAUAGUAUCUAUCAGUAGCUCUUCUUUUUCUUUAUUUUUUGAACUGUAAUGCUGAUAAAUAAGAUAUGUUAUGGUUUAUCUUUCAAUUUUUUGACCUUGCCUUUAAUGACUGUUAUACUUUUAACAGGUAUGGCACUAUGAGAGAGAAUGUGAUGAACCUAGAGGUUGUUUUACCAGAUGGGCGGAUUAUUAAUACCGCUGGUGAAGGCCGUCGGACAAGGUAGUGAAAAUCAGAUAUAAUAUAUUUUCUUUUAAUAAAUGACGUAUACAUGGUAUGCAUAUUUUAGUGUUCAAGGCAGUAGGGCUUUUCUUUGGUAUAAACUUUAAAUCUCAUUCGGGUUUAUCUGUGAGGAGUAAGUGCAAGUGUAUCCCAUGGGUACAUGUGUUUUAUGUAUUUGCAUGAAUAUAUGUGUGUCAUUUGUUUUCCUUUAAGCUCUCUCUUGCUCAUCACAUACUAAAGCUACAGUUCUUUUCCAUGACUAUUGUCUCCAAACUCGGCUCAUUUUCCUAACUUUUUGCUCCACAGAAAGACAUCUGCGGGAUAUAACCUGACAAACCUGUUUGUUGGUUCAGAAGGCACCUUGGGUAUAAUUACAAAAGUGACUCUAAGGCUCUAUGGAAUACCAGAAUCGGUAUGUUUUUUCAUGUGAAAUAGUUACAUUUCGUUAAUUGAGACUGCUCUACACGAAAAUUCUCAUAGAACAGCCAUGCAAAGCAAGAACUUUGUGUUUCCUUCUUGUAGCCAAAGACACUUGGGAUGCUCAUGAAGCGAGCAAAAGUAAGCAACAUAAGUCAUUUCCCCACAGACCACCAAGCCAGCAGAAACAGGAAACGGGCUUUGAGAAAGUCUAGGAAAAUGCCUCUGAAACUUUCUAAUGUUGUUGCAAAUCCAGUAGAAGUCAGUCAUAAUUUGCCUAAUAAUGGACUUGUUUUGCUGUGUAAUGUGACGUCUUGACAGUUCUACAUUCACGAUUUCCUAAUUAGUAAUUUGUCUGCUCUCUAUCGGAAGACAUUGUAUUUCAGGUCAAAACAUUUUAUCUACAACUGAAUGGGAUGUCUCAGAAAAAUCUAUAUGUAAUGCUUUAACACUGGCUUCAUAAUCCUGUAAUUUCCACCCAUUUCUAAUCCACUUUUCUUUUUUUUCUUAUCCUAGACGGCAUCUGGUGUGUCUUCGUUUCCUGAUGUUAAGUCAGCUGUUGAUGCUGUGGUGGAAAUCCUCCAGUGUGGAUUGCCCAUGGCAAGGAUUGGUAAGUACACGUGUAGUUGGCUGAAAAAAAAUAUUAGUUCCUGCUUUGUUUUAGUGUCAGUGCUCUAUAGCAUAGCCAGCUUACCGGCACUCCUCUCAAAUAGUUUUGAACAAAUAAUGCAACAAUAACUUAACAGAACUAAAACCCUCACUGACGGAAGGCAGUCAGUUGUACAUUUACUGUAAAUCCUCUUAUUCAGCUCUCUGGGGGCUUAUUUAUUUCAAACACUUUUGAGGGGGUGGAGGGGGCUUAUUUGAGAGGGGGACUUCAUUAAUUCACUAAAGACAUUGGAAUCAGUUCUUUAUACACAAUUGCAAAGUGGAAAAGCUGGCAAGUACAAAAAAUUGAAGGUCACAAAGCUGAGGAUGAAAAACAAUUGUGAACUUCCGGUUGGUGAAUAAACGAUCCCGGAUCAGUCCACACCACUGCACAGUCUUGAUUGAUUAAUACAGUCUAUCAUUUAUCAGUGAAUAAUAAUAAGGGGGAGGGGAGGGAGGCUUAAAAGAGAGGGGUGGUGGGGGGGCUUAUUAGGUACUUUCUUUCCCUGGGGUUGAGGGAGGCUUAAUAAAGGAUUUACGGUACAAUUAUGACUGAAACUUGGGACCACUGAGAAACAAAAUCCAAGACAGUCUUGGAUUACCUUACAUCGGCCAACAGUCAUAGGUAUGAACAUUUGCUCAUUUUUUUAACCUAGUGUUGUAACUUUUCUUUGUAGAGUUUCUAGAUGAUGUUCAGAUUGAUGCCUGUAACAAGUUUUCUGGCCUGGAUUACCCAGUGACACCAACCCUUUUCCUGGAAUUCCAAGGAUCAGAAAACAGUGUCAAGGAACAAGCUGCUGUUGCAGGUGAGCCAGAAAUGUUACUCUUAAUGCCUUACCUUUUCGGCCAUUUUGAGGCUUUAUGUUAGACUGAGUUGGAGUUAGACUACCAGUAGACCCUCCUUUUCGUCAGGGAUAGUAGAGCGCGCGAAAUACGCGUCUGCGCGUGAAAAUGGUUCUGGUUAACGCGCGCUCGCGCACCAGUAUUUCACUUGCUAAACUAUCUCUAAUGAAAAGUGAAGGACAGUAGACUACUCCUAGUCUAGGUUGGGUUGGUCGCACUUUAAUUUCACUAUAUAGCUCCGCCGAAUUUUACUGACGUUUUUAUGGGGGGUGGGGUGGGAGUGGGGGAGAAUACAAACGACUGUAAAAUUUCUCGUCUUUGUGUAGCAAUAGUAAACUUGCGCAACAGGAUGGGAAAGGAAAAAAGGCGGCAAACCUUUUGUGACAAGUGUGACCAUAAUUUUUCCUUCUGUCCUGCUGCGUACACUCACUGAUAUCUUCGCUCGCUUUUAACUUAUCUCCUUUAGAGAUGGUAAGUUUCCUGACUUUAAGGCGCUCUUUCCAGCAGUAUCAGUUGAUAUUUGCUUAACUAGGUGAAAAAAAAAACCGUGAAAGUAGCCUUUUCACAGACCCUCUAUUUUCUCUUCUAAGUCCGUCGAGUGCUCGGGAUAAAAAACAAAAACCGCGUCGGAUUUAUUGACCGCCAGCGCAAAGAAUGGAAAGAAAAAUAAAACAACGUACGUGUACAGGCUACCGUGGAAGGGUCUAUUUUCACCCAUUUUCCUGCAGUCAGGUGUGAAUGAAAAUAACUUAACCCUCUCACUGCUAGAGUGUUUGAUAGAGUUUUGUAAGAUGGUUCUAACUUUUGAGUCUGUGGACGAAAUCCUAUGAUGUGACCAUUCAAAUGAAAGCUCUCUGCCUGAACUUUUACAUAGUGCUAUUUGUUUUUCAAAACUUUACAAAAGGAAAUUUGCAAACUUGGUCGAAAUUUGCCUCUGGCUAAAUUUGGAAGUGAAAGGGUUAAAACAUGAUGAUCUUUACCUGCACUUUUUCAGCGGAGGUUAUUGAAAGUAAUGGUGGUUCUAAAUUCAAGUGGGCCACUGAACUGGAGGAGCGAAACAAGCUGUGGAAAGCCAGACACAAUGCCUGGUAUGCUGAUAUGGCGCUAAGACCCGGAUGCAAGGUAAAUGACACGGAGUUGUGAUUUUCAUUUUGCCUUUCCAAUAAUUCUAAUGUUCCUCACUGACCAUUGUAAGGUCAGGGUUCCUUCUGUAGGUAUCGAGGUAGAGAUUACGUUCAACAAAAGAAACAAUUCAAGCAAACAAUAAAAUCACCAGGAGAGCUCUAUUGUUUGUUUCCUUCGUUUCUUUUGUUAUGACGGUAUCUGCAGAAAGACCAAUUUAAUCGUGUACUUAAUUGAUUGAACCAAGCCCGCUACCCUAAAAUCCUGGUUUUAAGCCCAUAUUCCAGUUAUAAUCCCCUUUCCCGCUUUUAAGUUUCCCUCCAUGGUUACAGUUUAUCUCUGUUUAUCAAUAUUAUAUCUUGUUUCGUUAUGUACUAAUUUUAGUAAAAGUUACAGUUCAGGUUCCAGUUGAAAAGGUGGAUAACGCUAUCCACCGAAUAAAUCUCUAUCCAAUGGAUAACGAAAUUGGUUUCCCUUAACUUAAUACUUAUCCGGUGGAUAGUGUGAUCCAGCGUUUGAACAACCGGAACCAGAACAACAACAACAACACCAACACCAACAACAACUUUUAUUUAAACAUCACAAUUUUACGGCGUAGCUGAUGUGGUCGUGUAUAAUAUAACUAAAGAGACUAAAAGCAUUUACCCUGCUGACUUUGCGCGAGAUUAUUUACAUUUUCUUAUUAACAGGUUUCUAUCAACAGUUUUCUAUUUACAAUGUGUAAUUGAAAUGAAUGUGAAAGUAAGUUAACCAUGACCUCGCACUUGUCUUUCGUGGCAAAAAAAAAAACAAAAAACAACGGUGCUCUUAAGCGAACAUUUCCGUUAAUAGGCUCCCAAAGCGAGUAACGGAUAGGAAACGUUGUUGUGAGGUGAUCCAUAGACACAUAAGUUUGUAUACUUUUACAAACUUAAAUUGUCUCGUACCUGUAUGGAAAGCCAUAAACAAAUAAAUUUGUUUGCUCUUACAAACAUUAACUGUCUCGUACCCGUGUAGCUGUCGUUUCGCGGGUGAUUUGCAUGCGCGUAUCACUGAAUGAUUAAUCUUGAUCCUAUGAACCAUUUUAGGGUGUGUCCACAGACGUUUGUGUCCCGAUUUCAAAACUUCCAGAAAUCAUCGUGGAAACUAAAGAAGAUAUCGUGGCUCAUAACUUAGUAGGUAAGUUUGUGAAGCUAUGAGAAAGAAACAAAACAAAAGAGAAAGGAAAACAAAUCAAUCAUAGAUGCAAAGUACUAAAUUUUUCACUCUUACCGGUGUGAUGUCUUCGCAAAGUGAUUUUGAUAAGAUAAAUGAAAUGUAUCUGUGGUCUUACGAUAUCGAUCUCAAUCUGUUAUUCUGGCAAUCAUUACAAUCUGUGGUUUGUCCUUCCAUUGUAUUAUAUCACCUUUUUUCACUGUUUAGUUUGAUCAACACGAAAUUGAGCUAUUUUCUAUGGAGCGGUUGUCAUCUGUAAACAGCACGUGGCAGUUUGACAAUUUUGACAAUUUAUGUUACGCACUUUUGCGAGAAUAUUUUUGCCAUCACUGCAUAGCGAACGCAAGUGUCUGGGAUGAGACAUCUGGGAGGUUUUCGUCGAGGUUAAAAUAGGGCUUGUCCACGCGUCUUUAUUCAUUUUCACUUAAACUUAAUGAAUGUUGUCCACAAGAACUAUACUUCGCUUACAGCGAUUGGUGGUUAACGCUUUAAGCCCCAAGAUCCAGCUACAAAUUCUCCAGACUGAUACAUUUCUAUUAAGAAUAGUUGUGAGAAUUUGGCUUAAGAUCAAAGCAUUCUCCCUUUGUUAAUCAAUUAAGUAAUUCUCAUAACCUUUACUCUUGAUGAUCUGCUGAUGUUGUUAGGAGAAAAUUGAUGUUGAUCACUCUUGGGACCUAAAGUGUUAACAGAAUACACGUUUAUUUCCAGCCCCCAUUGUUGGUCACGUGGGUGACGGGAAUUUUCAUUGUUUUAUUCCAAUAAAACCGGACGACGAGGAAGAGCACCGCGCUGUAAAAGAGUUCACUCUCAGACUGGGAAGGUAGGCCGCUCCAAUGGUUUAAUUGUCUUUGUUGUCUUUUUGGUUUAGCCCCAAUUGUCGGGCAUGUUGGAGAUGGGAACUUUCACUGCGUUUUACCUCUUGAUUGUGAAUGUGAGGAAGAGAUAAGACAAGCAAAAGAAUUUAUAGACAGACUAGCAAGGUACGCUUUGUGUACUCAAGUGUAGAUAGCUGCGUCGCCUGCCCUUUGGAACAAAGGCAAAACUAAGGGUAUCACUUGGUCAGGGGCAUACAUGCCAUUUCCCUUUAGAAAAUCGUUGGAAAGUUAUAAGAUCUUUCCCAUCAAGUAUUAGACGUGAUUAUUUUGAGUCAGGGGCGAUGUAUAGAGUUCAUGGGCGACACUAGUGAGACCAAGUGUGACUACAGAUGAGAACUUUUAAAUAAAAGUUUCCUGAGUCGAUGAUCUGUGUUUAUGGUCUCUUAAUGACGGGUUGAUUCAUGUCCUAGGUUUGUCUCGCGCUGACGCUCAGCGCGAAGUCAUCUAGAAACGGUUAUCUUGGGAAAUAACGACCCAGUUUCCUUCGCGGCUUUGUAAAAAAAGAAGCGAUAGCGUCAUCAAAACGGUCUCAUUACAAACCGAAGAAGCAACGGUCCAAUCUAGAUGUCACGUUCCACCUCAUAAUACAGACCUUUAGAUUCGAGGACGAGGACGGCUACGAGUACUACGAGAUUCCACUUGAAGUUUUUUCGCGUCUUCCCAAAAUAUAGACUUCCUGGAAAGCCUCAUUUUACCAUUUUUCGCUAGAAAAGUUAGCAAUGUUAUCUUUAGUGAAGGAGGUUACGCGCUCUCUCGGUCCCAAAAUGAUUAAACUUCUAACAUUUGAUCUCUUGUUUCGCCACCACGACUUUCGCGUGAAAACCCGUAGUAGAAUGACGGCGGCUUCCUCGUUUUCCCGCCAGAAUGACGUUGGCUCACUCGCGUACACCACUUAGUAUUGAGAAAAUCUCGUACUUGUCUUAGAAUGGGCUGAUUUAGCAACAUGACGGGAACGUCAGUUGACGACGGGAAAGCGCGCGGAAAGAACUAAACGCUACUUCCGGUGCCCAAUUUGCCGCUCUGCGAUUGGUCAAGCCAGUUGUUUGAUUUGCGCGCCAUCGUCAGUUGACGUUCCCGUUCUGUUGCUAAAUCAUGUCUGUAAUAGCCAGUGCUUGAGUGUGAAUUUUCUUGUUUUCAGACGCGCAUUGGCUUUGGGCGGCACCUGUACAGGUGAACAUGGUAUUGGAUGCGGCAAGCAAGCGCUCCUUCCUGAAGAGAUCGGCGAAACUGGAUUAAACGUGAUGAAAGAAAUCAAGACUCUGUUGGACCCUAACUGGAUUAUGAAUCCUGGAAAAGUGUUCUUGUGAAGAGGCAGUUUGACUCUUGGAAUAAAAGUGCGCAACUACAGGGUUUGCUUGGAAGAUAAAAAACCUGGCUAAUCACCAUACGCAGCUGAAAUAGUGUGUCAAUAAUGGGCCUAAAUGUUCCAUUGAUGGGCCUGCAUUUUCCUUUGAUGGACCUACAUAUGGCAAUAAAGCGCGUUCCGGAGUAUUUCUAACCUGGGUUUAAAUCGUAAUCAGGGUGGGUCCCUGUUUUUUAGCGGAGACGUGUUCACGCGGGCUACUGUUUCUUUAAUUCGAACACAUUUACACAAUUUACACGAAGUUGCUUUGCUAUUUUCCCGUCUUGAAGUGAAAUUUCUCGCUUACCAUUUGUUAUCAAAAAAGGCAGUAAUCUGCGUAUGUUACUUGUGCCUAUGCUAGCGUCGUAAUAUUAACUAGACUUUAUAGGAAACUUUUUAAUCUAUCUCAGUUUAACCCUUUAAUUCCUUAUGGUGGUUUUAUAAAAUUCCUUAUGAAAUUAACAUGCUGUGCAAAAAGCCAGCCAAAGUGGUUUCAUUUGAUUGGUAACAUCAUAGGAGUACGUCCAUAGAUUUAAAAGUUGGAUUCUGGUAGUCUAGUAGUAAAUGGGUUAAGAUAUCUGUAAUAUUUACCUUGUGAAUCAAUUUUUUUCCUGAAAAUAGAUUAAUAAAUAGACUAAAUUAGUCCACAAAAACGUAAUUCUAACAUUAAGAUUGUAAUCGAGUUCCCUCGGGGGCGUUGGCACUCGCAUAUGAGAUAGUAGAAUCUUUUUAUUUCAGUAGAGGGGUACAGCUUAGCGGAUAACACAUGCUGUUUAUUGACCUAGCAGCAAAGAAGUAGUUUUAAAUUAGGGCUGGUACACACUUACCUUAAGGUAAAAGUCACGAAUUCUAUGCGUUCAUUUAACAGUGAUUUAAACGACCUUAUACAUGGGUAAAUUUAGUGUAAAUACAGUGUACCAAAGGGCCACUUCCGAGUUCCAAAAACUCUCACAAGGCUAAAUGCCAAACUUUUCUUGUGAAAAUAAGUUUUAUUUGCGUGAGGAUUUAAAAACUUAGAAAAUUAAAAAAAAAUGAAAAAGAGGCUGGGUGUUCUGCUGCAGUAGACCUCCGUUUUUAUUGUUCACUUUAACCUGUACCAGCUUUACCGGUGUCAGGAGUUAGGGGCAAUGUUUUUGUCCUUAAUGUGUUAGCUAUAUAGUGACCUAAAGAUUUUUACUAUGAGUACGAGACUGAGUACAAGUACGUCUUUAGUGUUUCGAGCUAGUUAGUUCCUUAGAACUAUUAAUCUUUCCUGCUGCUAGCCAGUAGAUAUAUCAAUUAAAUCUCGCGAACUCGGUUUGAAAAAUCGUACUCGUGGUCUUAUCCAAAGGUCCCUAAUAGGCCAAUUCCGAGUUCCAAAGACCCUCACUUUCAAAAUGAGGCUAGGUGCACAACCUUUCUUGUGAAAAUGAGUUUUAUUUGCAUAAGAAUGAAAAAUCAUUUCCAUCUUAAAGGCUGAGCACUUAACCUCGUUUUGAAACAGAGGCCCGGGGGAACUCCGAAAUGACCUAUUGGUGACGCUGAAUGAAACGAUCUGACUUUUAUUAUGAUGGGCCUGCCUGUCAGAGAGUUAGAGGAAGACACUCGAGACAAGAUUCAGGGAAAAGUUUUGAGUUAACAAUUUCACCCUUCUUGUCUUCGGCCUUGGGCGUGCUGCCGACACCCAAGUAUCCUGUAGAUGUUCAUUACAAGCUACAGGACCCGGCCGUGUGUUGUUCAGUAUUCUCUAACUGACAGACGGAACUUCCUGCUAGGCCUGUUAGGCAUAAUAGGAUCCAGUUGAAGUUUCUUCAAGUAGUGGUCCUGGUAAGAAAAGAACCAAACGCAAUGAACACGUCCGAAUGCAAAAAGGUGCUAAUUUGACUAUUAUCUCUACUGCACUUCUGAUAAGUUUAAACAGCAGAUUUUACGAAAUCUUCGCAAAACAAAAUCUCGUUCGAGUCUAAGUAACAGUAAUCCUAUAUGCGAGGAGUAUUAAAAGUGUAAAAGAUUUCGGCCAACCAUAAGAGUUGCAAACAAUAGCCAAGAAAACUUUACACUUUUACAUGUUUAAAAAUGGAGUUAAAAUACAUUUUAUUUCGUAAACUGCCUGUUCACGAAAUAAGUUUAUGCAUUCUCUGUGUGAAAAUAACACAUGUAAUAACAACAUUGCUAUAAGAGGAAAGCGUAUUGCGCCAUAACAAUGUUUUCCGUCUUACCCGAAUCAUUACUCAAAUACGGCUGAAUUAUUUUGUCAGAGUUCUUUAUGUGGGACAAUGUUUCAGUAAGACCUGCACCGUUCUAAACCUCUUAUUUCACUGGUCCCCUUUAAUCUGCAUUUCUAUUGUUUUCAGGCUGAGCGGCAUAAAUAAAUGAAAGCUAAAUAAAGAGAACGCGUUUUAGCUCUCCCCCCCCCCUCCUCC